AGCACAGCAGCGCCACGGGCAUCGUCUGCUUCUACACAAUAUACACACGCUCGCGUGAAUCACAACAGGCUGGAUCGGACUCUGUAUCUGUCAUCUGCUCAAGGCCUUCUGGCUCCUGCUCCAUUCUGGCCAUUUAAAAGUGCCUUUGUUAGACUGCAUGAGCCAAGCUGGCGCUACCACGAACGUACUCUCCCCGCUCGACAUAUCAGCCAAACUUGCUCAAUGUGAUCAGCUGGCAAAACAAGAUGACCGCGCCUCCAAGUUUGUUGUGCUCUUCAUUCUACUCGACGUUCUUUCAGUGAGCUCCGACCCACAAGUCAUUUCAAAGUGCUGGCAUAAAAUAGACGGGCGGCUCUUGGACAAAAUGCUGCUCUCUAUCGAAACAGCAAGUGUCUCUGGUAGUGAAGCUACAGAUUUGGCACUGCUUGGCCUGUCGAUCCUGCAUGCUUUUGCCGGUUUUCAAAUUGUCAGCCAGCUCAGAUCGUUUCGCAGACGCGCCGAUGCAGUCAUGGAAUUUAUAAGCCGCAGACUCAGGUCAGAAGAUUCGAGUCAAAGAGAAGCUCUUUCAAAGGCCUUGACGGUGUUGCAAAGUAUUGGCGCCGAAGCAGAUGGAGCUAUUCAUGUCUUGACCAGCAAGCGAUUUGCCAAGUUUGCUAUGGCCAUCACGGAUACUCAGAAUCAAUUGGGAUUGCAAUUACUUGCCUUGUGUGUAAAUCAGGCUUCGACAGUACCAAAGGAGACCUCCGAGCUCUUUGAAACGAUCUUCACUGAGCUUCUCGAACAAAUGGAGCGACAAAUUUGGAAAGGCGACACGUUCUUGAGGGCGCUUCCAUUGGUCAAUGCCAUCGUACUGCAAAGCAAUGUCGUUGUCAAGCUAGAUGAGCAUGACAAGAAGCUGAAGGACUUUCUGAAAUCUGCCCUGCUUUGUCCAGCAAAAGGAACAAGCUACGCAGACGCUCUUCUUCUCAUGACAAUCAUACUGCAACGCCACGGAGUGGAGUGGUUGAACUUGCAGGAUGCUGCAGAAAGGACUUUUCUCGUGGUACUUGGCAGUCUUGCUGCUGCAGAUAUCCGUGCAAGGCUAUCAUCAACGAGCACGCGAGGGCAAACAGAUCAUGUUCAGUUUACAGAAGUGGAAGAGAUGCAUCUGGCUUGCAACUAUGAUCUCAUGCAUUGCAUAUGCGUUUACCUGGCAACGUCAGACGAGAUGCCAUUCGAUUCUGAGCAGAUCCUACGGCUUCGCGAUGACUUUAGUGCUGCAUUCGGCGAGACCAUCUUAUACCUGCGGGAGAGGUGGGAUCGCUCUUCUUACAGUGGUAUCGAUCCCGCGUUCAAAAAUGAGAACAAUGCAGACGAGACCCUUCCCAGCUCCCCUUGUAUCAUUGCCUGCACAAGGGCGCUCUGCUUCUGGCUGCAAGAAGAUGAGAGCCUCCAUCUGCAAGCUAGCCAUAUCAUUGAUGUGUUGUUUUCCUUUCUGGCGCUAGAAGCCAAAGUUGGGGUGGCGUACAGCGCGUGGAUCUUCCCAGCUCUGGACGCUCUGGUGACGACUGAUGAUGGACGCAAUAUGUUCAAUACGUCGAAUGGCUGGCCAGUGGUAGAAGCGCAUUUGCUUGAUUUGGCUGAUCGCGUCAAUCGUGGAGCUGCUUCGGUGAAUCGAAAUCGGGUGGAGGAAGCGCAUUGUUGCCUGUCUGUUCUUCAAUCAGUCAAUGCAGCUAGAUUUGAUGCGUGGAUGGCCAGGCAUGAGGAUGUUCUAAUGCGCAUGCUCAGCUCGUGAUUCAUUUCUCUAGGGGAUGAAUGGGAGUCUGCUUGGGACUUUCUUCUUGUAUUCGAUAUAAUCACUGCCGAAGAACUUGAUGAGCCAGUAUUCUUCUGCCGUGAUG